AUUGAGGGAUGUGGCUAUGUAUUCAGCUUACUCCACCCUGAGCCUUGUAUGUUCAGUGCUUACUACCAUUGAGAGAAGCUGGAAGGAAAGCCAGUCACAUUAAGAUACUAACUGCUCAGUCCAAGCAUGAAGACUUUUCUGAAGUUAAUAGUACUGCAGGUUCUCUUUGCUGUUACUGAGACAGCUGCAGGUAUGACUAACUCCAUGUUGCUAUAUUUUCCUGAAGGCAAAUACAUUUUAAAAAGAUAUCUUUUGAGCUUUCGGUUUGUUUAUUUCGGUGCUCUCACACAUGGCGCUGAUUUCACUGGUUUAAAGGUUCCUACAAUGUUUGGUGAAUCUGUAAAUUGUACAAACAGGGUUAUUCACUAAUGUGAGAACUUCAGGUGAAAAUAGUCAAACUGGAAACAUUCUCUGUCAGCUAUGCUUUGUUUGGCUACUCUGGCCUUAAAUUUGAAAUUCACUUUGGUAAAUAAACCUGUUAAUGUUCUCUCGUGCACUAGGAAAACGUAUGAUCCACACUCCGCUAUAGCUGACAAAUUUUUUUUAUCUGGAAUUCUUAUAUAUUGUGAAAACGGGUUGUAUAGACUAGGGAUGAAAUAUUUUUGGGUUUUUGUUUGCCACACAAGUGUUGCCUCAGUAGUGGUAGUUCAUACCCACCCAUCAUGGUGCUAUACACAUAUAGGGACUGACAUAUGCAGAGCACCAAACAUAACUUUAUUUACUAAAGUGUAAAUUUAGAAUUUCAAAUGUUUUUAGCCUACAAUUUCUAAUUGACUUUUUCCUAGCCAUGUGUGUAUCAUUCUCUGUAAUAAUUGUCACAGGUCCUUCUUGACCUUUUUAAAUUGCUGGACCCAAUUCUUGCUUACUAACAUUUUAGAUCUUCCUUAUAUGUAUCUGAAUAACCAUAUAUGUAUUUUUUUCCUAAAUUGUGACUUGUCAUGAUUUAAUACCCAUGUCUAAAUUUAGGCCAAAAUAGCUCCAUAGUUAAAAUAUCCAAUUCAGUGUUUUUUUUGUUUUUUUUUACUUUUUACAGCUAAAAUGAAACAUUUGUAUUUAGCAAAAUUCAGUUUACUGUGGCUGUACUAAUUUGUAGAACGUCAUUCUUCCCUGCUAUGUCACAGUAAGAAUGUAAUUGCAAGUUAUCUUGUUUGUAUUUUGUGAGCAUUGCACGAAUCGAUCUGUUUCCAAUUCGUACGGAGAUAUAAUUUAACUUUUUCUCUUUCAGCAUCUGGCACAACAGCUGACUCGUCAUCAGAUGUCAGCGGUUUAUUGCAGUGUCCCAGUAAGUAUAUACAUUUGUUAGAGUGUUGAGCUAGUUUAAAUUUUUCUAAUCUGUGUUACAUUUCAACACAAAAUUUCCAGUUCGUUUUGUUGAAAAUGAACCUAUUCAAUUAUCUGUUUUUCAGUUUAUAACAUUUUAAAAAGUCACAUUAUCAACUGUAUGUCUGUCUAAGGUCACAGCCUGUUAUUAUAUAUUUGUAACGAAUUAAACUGACUUUAGGUUUUGUCAUUUUACAGAAUUUAUUGUAAUCAGCUAUGUUUGAAGUGGUUUAAACCUCUAAACCAAUAUUGUUUUUAGUGAGGACCCAAUGACAUGUUCUAACGUCCCUUUUUGGGGAAAUGUUGCAUUUUAGGGGUAUUGUUUCCUUAUUUAUGCAUACAGUGAUAACUUAUUCCCAUUCAUAGUGCCAGUGAUAUCUUAUUUACUAAACACCAAACUGUUACAAAUUAAAUCUGAUUGGUAUCAUUUAGACAGAAAUGGCUUAUUUAGAAAAAAAUCUCUAACUCCGCUAUGGCCACAGUUUGGCUAUUUUUGCCUAAAUGUAGCCAUUUGGACAUGUGUUUCUGUGUUUUGCUAAGAUAUAAUUUCUGUAAUACACAAUUCUCUUUAACAUAGUCUAAUAUUGCUAAAUUCUCAUGGUAAAAGACAAAAUAAGUUGUACAUACCACAAAAAACAAACAUUCACAAAAUCUGUUUUUGUAACACACAAUUCAUAUCGCACAUCAAAUUUUAUUCUGCAAAUCACAAAAAUAUACUGUGGUAACAAUUGAUUUUAACACAAACAUAACAUUCAUGUAUAUGUAUUUACAUUACAUAUUUUAUAUUACUGUGUGUUCAAGUAAUCUAGUUUUGCCAAAAUGUCUUGUGAUUUUGAUAAACUUCUUCCCAUUCAAUUAAAUAGAACGCAAAGCCGCACAAGUUUAUAGUACACACAUUGAACAAAGUAAUUGUUGCAAUCUAGAAGUGUUUUUUUUUUUUUACUUUUUUUUUUCUUUUUAACUAGUGGUGGCCUAAAGCAUACCUCCCAAGUGUCCCUAUUUAGAAGUGGCCUUCCCUAUUUUGGCCCAAAUGUCCCUCUUUUCUAGAAGCUCCUUAUCGUUGGUGUGUCUGAGUGUAUAACAGAGCUCCACAGCAAUAAUACCCAAAGUAAUGUCUUUAAACUACAAUAAAUAUGUUUAGAAAUCAGUCUGUGUAAAAAAUAAAAUUUAAAAAUACAUUGUUCUUGUUCUAAUUUAUAUUUUAGUUGCAUAAAUAUGUCACAUACAAUUUCUCAAACAGCCACUCCUAUCCACAAAAAAAGCCGCCCCCAAAUGCCCAGGGCAAAUGUCUUGUUAGCCUUGCGGCUAACAGUCCAGGUGGGCGGGCAGAUGGCUAGGUAAAAAUCCAUGCAGGUGGCGCUGGCGAGGGAGCACUUUCCCCUGAGCUCUCUGCUCAGCUCCCUCGCGCGCCGCCAGCAGAGUGAUGCUGGGAGCCGGAAUAUGACGUCCAGCAGCCACUGGACCCCAAGGGAGAGGAAGAACCCCCUCCUCCCCAGCAUUCCCAAAGGUAAGGAGGCUGGGGGGGUUAAAUUUUUAAAAGAAAAAGUGAGUGUGUUAGUGAGAGUGUAUGCGUCUGUUAGUGACUGUAUGUGUCUGUUAGCUAGUGAAUGUGUGUAUUUAGUGUGGCGCAAGGGGGGGGUGCCUGAGUUUUGGCAUGCCUAGGGCAGCACAAAACCAGGAUACACCACUGAUGCAACAGACAGCCCUUCCUCCCAUGAUUCCGUGUCGUGCUCCACCUAGCAAUGUAUCAACUACAGAGUUCCACAACAAUCAGAGAGAGCUAGUCAUUGGCCACCCAUGGUUAAGGAGAACAAAACAUUUUAACUAGACAAUCAUUUGUGUUAACUCUUGGUAUAUCGGACAUCCACUGAUUUCUAUCUUUAUGCCUUGUAGCGGAGGACAUAUGCACUGUGGCCAGUAAAUGCUGCGUACCGGCUGUUGACAGCUAUGGCUGGAUAGCUGCUGCUGUUGGUUGGAGCUUAUGGUUUCUCACCCUCAUCCUGUACUGUGUGGGAAAAGUCAUGGACCUUCGCCCAAAUGAACCCAAAUAUCUACAGGCAUAAGUACUGGAGUCACUGUGAGGACAAAGACUUUCCUGGUCUGUGCUACUGGAAAUCGGCCAAGAAACUGUAUUUAAGUAUAAGAAAAACUUAAAGAGCUUGAUGCUGUUUUAUUUGAGCAUUUAGUCACCCAGAAAUUGAAAAAACAAUGGGCAUGUAUUGUAUCCAUUCACUGUUCCAAUGGUUGGAACUCAGAACUGUUGAACGCAGAAAAUUGUUCUGAAAUACAAUUGAUUGUAAAUACAAAAUAAAUCUUGGAAGUUUAUUCACUAGGUAGUGAUAUGCGUUGAGCUGAAAAUCAAAAUGCAUAUAUCAUGUAAAAAUAUCUGAUUUAGUUGAAACUGUUUCUUUUUCUGUAACUUUACUAAAUUUUGAAACUUUUUUUUUUUUUGCAAAUAAAUGUUGUAACUCCUUUUUCACAUCUGGUGAUCUUUGUGUAUGUCAAAAUGUCUCCAAAACUGCAAACUAUGGUCUGGCUGUACACCACCGGUUAUCCCAAAAGAUGUGACACAACAAUAACUGAUAAGAUAAUUUUCAUAUACACACGGAACACACACAGCAAUCAUACUUUCACUCUCCUAGCCUCAAAAAUACUGUGCAGUUGCUCACAGUAAAUCCCACUCAAUCUGUAUCAGUAGUGAUGUGUCAUACAUGCUCCUCGGGUAGAAUGUGUGAAACACAUAUAGUGUUCUUUACUAAAGUGAGUAUUGUCAUUAAUUCAAAGUGAAUUUCACAUUUAACGCCAAAGUAGCUAAACUGGAAGCAUAGCUGACUUUGAUAAUUCUUUUAUUUUUUUUUAUUUUUUUUUUUGGUUAGCUUGGCUUUAAAUUUGAUAUUCACUUUGAAUUCUCACUUUAGUGAAUAAAUCUGAUAUCCUUGUGUAGUAUAUGGAUUAUUCUUCAGAGACCUGACCCUUUAAUUAUUUUUAGUAAAAGCUCAAAUUUAACAUGUGUGGCAGGCUUCCUGCAACUGAAUGUUUAAUGAUUAAUUCUAACAAGUCUUGGCCUAAACUAGAGGUGACCUCAAUGGCUCCUGGAAGGUUAGAUACAAAUGAUAUUCAUUGUAACCCAUCUGUGCCACAUUUUUUAAAUAGUUUGAAGUUACAUGUUUAUGCAAAGCUGUCAUACGGCAGGGUGAAUUUACUAAUACUCUCAUUUGCCUGUCCCAGGAUAGUUUCAAAAACCUUUUGAAGAGUUCAGUGCAUCUUUUGUUACAACUCAUGUUUGGUUAAAUGUUGUCUUAAAGGACCACUUCAGCUCAAUGAAGGGGUCUGGGUGCCAGGUCCAUCUAGGGUUAACCCUGCCUGCUGUAAACAUAGCAGUUUCAGAAAAACUGCUAUGUUUACAUUAGGUUUAAUCCAGCCUCUAGUGGCUGUCUCAUUGACAGCUGCUAGAGGCGCUUCUCACUGUGAUUUUUCACAGUGAGAAGAUGCCAGCGUCCAUAGGAAAGCAUUGAGUAAUUCAGCCAAUGACGUCGGAGGGAGCAGGAGAGUCCCCAGCGCUGAGGGAGCCCAGCGCUGGAGAAAGGUAAGAAUUUAACCCCUUCCUCCCACUUCAGCACAGCAGGAGGGGGGCCAUGAGGGUUGGGGGGACUAUCAACACUUUAGUGCCAGGAAAAAAAGUUUUUCCUGACACUAUAGUGGUCCUUUAACUGUUUGAGAUUCUGCUUGGAUCAAGUGCUUAUUGACUUCAUUUGCUACUUUUCUCAAUGUCUUGGAGUUGCCUGUGCUGUUUGCGGUGUAUUUCACUGGUCUUUUAUUAUGUUAUAGAUGUCAAAGGGACACUACAGUCACCAGAACUACUACAGCUUAAUAUGGUUGUUUUUUCGUGUCUAUAGCAUGUCCCUGCUGGCAUUCUAAUGUAAAUAUUGACUUUUCAGAGACAUGUAGGGGUGUCCAUUACUGCCUAGGGACACCUCCUGUGGCAGUCAUUCAGAUGUCCAUUAGAGGUGCUUCCUGGGUCAGUGCUGCACUGACGUUCAACGUCUACACGCUAUUCAUGGUGCUGAACGUUCCUCAUAGAGAUGCAUUUUGCAUGCGCAAUAGCCUCCCAAUGCUUUCCUAUGGGAACGCAUUGGAUUGGCUGAGACUGUCAAUUCUGAUUAUCACAGCCAGGAAGGCAAAGCGGGUGUGGAAUAGAGGUAAGCUUUAAGUAUAUUUAAAGGUAAGGUGGCCAUCUAGCAUGGUUUUUCUAACGCUGUAGUGUUUCUUUAAGUGCCAAAUGAUAUGCCUUUCAGAGGUUUUAAAGAAUCACAUACAAGACCUCAAACCAGAAGUGUAUGUCAGAGAGCAUCAAAGGGGUUUGGACAUUAUAAUUUCAUCCCUGGCGAUCCAAUAGAAGGUUGCAGAAAUAGACCACUCAUUCCCUUUUUGAACUCUGAGCUCAGUUGCAGCUGCAUUCAAUGUUACUCUAGUCUAGUGAGACCUUGUUGAGAUAUAUAUGUCUUACUUUGAGUGACAGCAACUCAUAAAUAAGUUACCUUUGAUUUAAAACCAUGAAGGUUGACCGUGUUUCAGUAGAUGUGUGUGUGUGUGUGUGUGGGGAUCAUUUCCCAAAAUACUUGUGGCUGUUUAGUUUAGCCAUCACCAGUUCAUAUUUUGGUAAGAGCAUAAAAUGGCAUGGGACUUUAAUAGGAAAACCAAUGUACUGAGUACAGCAGAUUGGCAAUGAGAGUGAGAUGUACUAUUGUAAAAAUCAUAAAACACCAAAUUUUAGAAAAAUAAAUGUUCUAUUGGUAAAAAAAUAAACAUAGCAUUAUUUAUUUGACCUCUAUAAGAUCCAAGAGACAAAAACUGCACAUAGAGAGGAUCAAACAGGAAUCACCAGUCUGUUAAUUGUGUGUUGGCUCAAUAUCUGCUUUAAGAUAACGAUCAAGGAAAUCUGACUAUCUUUGUACACAACACAAAUAUUUAUGAG